AUGCCUUCUUUGCUUGAGUUGUCAAAUGAGAUCCUCCAUGAAAUCCUUCUGCUCGUGGACCCGGGAGACCUGGCCUGCCUGGCGCAGUGCUGCCGUUCAUUACGCACCUUCAUAAACGACAGCGAACUCCUUUGGAAGGACUUCUAUCUCCGGAAUUUUGACGAUCCCCGUUUGCAAAGGCAAGACGUCAAGUUUUCUUGGCAGGCUGACUUCUCCCGGAUGUGGAAGCUGAACUUGCUUCUUUCCUCAGAAAGUGUCGAAUCCAAAAAAGCAAAUUUUCCCUUCAUUUCCUCGGCAGUGGACGAUUUGGUCGCACUCUCUUCUUCGUGCAGCCAGUCUUCUGCGACUGCUCGCUUCCUGCGCCGCCACUUUGGUGAAUCCAGUACGACGAACAGGGCUGCAAUAUUAUCAGGCUCUUCCUUGUACCAUCGGGCUGGUAGCGAGGUCCAGAAGCCCUUUGACGACGAGUGUGACCGCCAGAUGAGUGCGAAAUUGGCUGUCCUCCAUGGUGUGCCGAUGGAGCUUUCCGACAGGAGACAAACGAAACCCGUUCAUAGCUACGCAAGAUCCCGGGUUUACGACCUCCGGCGGUACACGGAUGAGACUUUGUGGGGUCCAUUCAUGGACGAUGGUUCUCAGCGCGUUGACUGGGAAAAUCUGGAGAGCCUUCUAAUCGUCUUGUCCUGGAACAUCAACCGCUUUUGCGAACGGGCCUAUGGCCGGUUCCGUCCCCUUUGGAAUGUUCCGUUCACGGGGGUCCCCACAAACAGUUUUCGCAGCAAGGCUCCGUACAGAUUCGCAGACGAUCCUUCAGAUGAUGAUUCCGGCAUGUUAGAAGCGAUGCACAUGAUCACCCCGGCAACUUCGACAGAUGCGCCUAACUUUCAGCGCGUAGAUUCACCCCUGAACAACACGCAUUCGUUGCUGGAUGAGCAAGAUCCGUACGGUGUUACUGGGACCUGGGCGAGGAUUGUCUGCUUUCUGGACUACACUGAGUUGUACCACUUUAACUUUGAAGGUCAUCCCAUCCCGGACAAUCAACCAAGGGAACCCAUCACAACACCAGAAGCAAUUCGUUUCAUCACACUCAAUCUCCGCGUCAGGCGGAUUGAGGCUCCUGGACCUGGCGAUGGACAAGAGCUCCCAAUUGUGCAUUUCGUAGGCACAUCACGCUCCAUGCACUCUUCAUGGGAUCCCAACGCCAAUUCGAAGAUCAGAGGCACCGUGCGGCAAACGCCCGAGGGUUACGUCCGAUGGACAUCUUUCUCCAUCUUCCAUGGCGAGGAACGGUGGCGCAGUGAGUGUGUCCAGAUAGGAGGGCUGCGGUCCGCGCGCGGAAUGCUGGGGACGUGGUUCGACAAGGACAACAACCCAGAAGGGCCAGCGGGCCCGACCGCAUUCUGGAAGAUCUCGGACAGCCUUAUGAAGGGCGCCGGUCACCCUCCAUUACUCCCUUUGACCUGA